CGUUGGGGACAGCGUUGCCACGGGCAUCCUGGAAACCUUUCAGGGCCUGGUGCAGCCAUAUCGACACAUCUGGGCGGUGUGUCAAGAUCUUUCCCACGAAGGACGGCGCGGCCACAUUCAAGUACAGCCACCACGCCGACGAACAACACGCUACACGCAGUACACGCGCUGUGCUCGGGAUGUAAACAGUGGGGGAGCUAUUUGUGUGUUGCAUCUGUUUUCACGGCUACUAGUCAGAUCACAUUUCUUGAAUUUCGGACUGCUGAAAAGUUGAUGCUAUAGAUUCAUGAAACUCUAACAUGGGAGGUUUGCUACGCUGGUAGCAGGCCGAGCAAUGUCACGUCUCGGUCUCGCUACUAGUGAGAUUGCAGUGACCAUCAGAUAACCUCAACGGGGCACCCCACAAUGCCGCACCAGUUUGGUCUGCCCGCGAUGGCGCACGGCAUGCAGUCCCCACCGUCGCCACCCGUUGUCUUCGAUCGUUACAACUCCAUGAUGUAUCGGCCGGAAGACCAGAGACUUACGAGGGAAGCUAUGGAGAGAUACUUGCACGAGAGGAGCGACAUGAUCAUAGUGAUCUUGCAUGCCAAGGUGGCUCAGAAGUCGUACGGAAACGAGAAGAGGUUCUUCUGCCCGCCGCCUUGCAUAUACCUGAUCGGGGAAGGGUGGCGGUUACGACAAGAGCAGAUGCUACGACAAGGGGAGACAGAUCAAGCGGCUCAGCUCUGUGCAUUUAUAGGCAUCGGAAACUCAGAUCAGGAUAUGCAGCAACUAGACUUGAACAAUGGCAAACAGUACUGUGCUGCUAAAACUUUAUACAUUUCGGACUCUGACAAACGUAAACAUUUCAUGUUGUCCGUCAAAAUGUUCUACGGUAAUGGGCACGACAUUGGUGUAUUUCACAGUAAGAGAAUCAAAGUAAUUUCGAAACCCUCCAAGAAGAAGCAGUCAUUGAAAAAUGCUGAUUUGUGCAUAGCAAGCGGCACCCGAGUGGCUCUCUUCAACAGACUGAGAUCGCAGACAGUGAGCACGCGAUACCUGCAUGUUGAAAAUGGUAAUUUUCAUGCCAGCUCCACCCAAUGGGGAGCUUUCACCAUUCAUCUUCUCGACGACAACGAAUCUGAAUCGGAAGAGUUUGCAGUGCGCGAUGGCUAUGUGCACUAUGGUAGCACGGUGAAGCUGGUGUGCAGCGUGACCGGAAUGGCGCUACCUCGACUGAUAAUACGUAAAGUCGACAAACAGAUGGCAUUGCUGGAGGCGGACGACCCAGUGAGCCAGCUUCACAAGUGUGCAUUUUACAUGAAGGACACGGAGCGUAUGUACCUUUGCCUGUCACAGGAACGCAUCAUCCAGUUCCAGGCAACCCCAUGCCCUAAAGAACCGAACAAAGAGAUGAUCAAUGACGGUGCGUGUUGGACCAUCAUAAGCACGGACCGCGCGGAGUAUCAGUUCUACGAAGGGAUGGGCCCAGUGCGGUCGCCCGUCACGCCCGUCCCGGUCGUACACAGUCUCCACCUCAAUGGGGGUGGGGACGUCGCCAUGCUGGAACUCACGGGGGAAAAUUUCACUCCGACGCUGCAGGUCUGGUUUGGUGACGUUGAAGCGGAAACCAUGUACCGCUGCCAGGAAAGCAUGUUGUGCGUGGUUCCGGAGAUUUCGUCCUUCCGGGAAGAGUGGCUUUGGGUCAGACAACCCACGCAGGUUCCAGUGUCGCUCGUUAGGAAUGAUGGGAUCAUUUACGCGACAGGAUUGACGUUUACGUACACUCCGGAACCUGGACCCCGCUCCCAUUGUCCCCCUGCUGACGACAUAAUGCGAAGCAGCAGUCAGGGUGGUCGGAUGCCUCAAAUUUCCGAUGUACCUUGGACGCAGCAUCAUCCACCUCCUGGACCCUUAUAGUCGUUCCAUAGGAUUUAUUUACGUAGGUUAACUUUGUACAUGUCAAAUUUAAGAUUGGGGUCACACUUGCUGUGUUUACAAAGGCAUAUAUGUGUCCAUGUAUUAUUUUCAUUCUUGUUACAGAAGGAAGUACAUAUGUAUUUAUCACGUUAGUGAUAAAAUGUAAACUGAUAUCCGUUUACAAAUUGAGACUGUUGACAUAAAAAUUAAGACAGAACAGAUUUUCAUCUGUUAUAAAGCUAAAAGUAAUUAAAAUUUUUCCUAUUGUAUUUAUUUCACAUGUGCUUUAAGAUUUUUAUAUUUAAAUGUAGAUGAUUUUUGUUUUUGCUUUGUGUAAGUUUCCAUGCUAUGAAAAAAUGACUGUUCUUCUCUUCCUUCUUCGCUCAUACUGGAUUGGACUGACUAUUAGGAUGUUUUAUAUAUUUUUUUCCUAUUCAUUAGGAGAGUGUGACACCAAUCUAAAUAUAUAAAUGUUUAGCAUAUUUAAAGCAUAUUGUAUGGUGCAACAGUUUAGUGUGUCUGAUGGUGCAUAUAUUUUAUAAAUACUUUGCAUUAUUACUAUGAUUGUAAUUUUCUAUGGUGAUUGUACAGUGGCUACUUAAUGAUAUCUUUCUUAGAUCAUCUUGGAUAAUCUUGAAUCUUAAACUUGUGUAAACAGGUGGACAGUUAAAAUGGUUACAUAAUUGAAUUUUUUCAUCAUAUAGUUCUUUCAGGAGAAAUAAAUUCUGGUGGUAAUUUUGUGACCCUCAUAAAAGUAAUGUGGGUUUGAUUCCUUGCAGCUGGUUUGUGGAAUUUUACAUGCGGGAAACAAUUUCACUUUUGUAUCCCAUCCUCACAUUCAAUUGCUGUUUAGUAGUAGGAUCUCGUUCUGUUCCUCACUUCAGGAGAUUACAGACAAACGAGCCACAGAUUAGAAGUUUGGAUCGUGGUGGUUUAAGUCUCUCUCUGUUCAACAUCCACUCACCAUUAUUACAUCAUCAAUUUGUUCCAAGAGCUCAUCAUCUUAUAAGGGAAUACAGAGAAAGGUCUUUAAUAGGGAUGGGCCAAUCAAAUCCUUAUUAUUGAUGGAAUCAAUAUUUUAGGAAAAAGAUUAGAACAAAAAUAUUAGAGCAAGUAAAGUAAAUUAAAAAUUCAUCACUGAUAACCUUUGAAGUUUAAUAGGUCAAUUUUUUUUCUUCAUACCUAUCCAGUUACCAUUCCCCAAGAUAUUGUACUUUUAACAGGUAAUUAUAUAAAUAAAAUUACAGUAUAUAUUGAUUCUGGGUAGGGUAGAAUGUUUCAACACCAUAGUUUAUAUUUUUCAUUUAUUUUACAUUAUUUUAUUUUUGACACUUGGCACCUAGAUUCAGUUUAAAGGAGUAUAUUCGAGGUACUCUUUGGGUUUUGGAUUUGAGAAAGUUGGGAUUUGACCCAUCACUAGUCUUAAAUCCACAUUUUUUUGGUCUGGUACAUCCUAUAAUUCAGCACCGUUCGAGUCUCAUUACUGUUAGUUAUAAUUUCAGUAGUGUUUUAGUUUUCCAGUGGGUUAAAUUUCCAUAAUGAAGUUAAAAAAAAGACUAGCGCUCGUCUAUAUUUUCUCUUUCUAUAGAGCAGCUCUUUAUGUGUUUUAAAUACCAUUGUACUUUACAGGUAUUCAUUUUCAGUAUUUCCAUUAAAACUAUGUUGACUUUGAUAAUCCAGCAGAAUAGAUAACUUGGCAUGGCUAUUGUCCUGAAUGUGCCGGAUUAAAGAUUUUUCACUGUGUUUAGGAUAACACCACAUUUCACGUCACUUCCUUACAUACAGAUUCCCUUGUAAUCUUAACUGCAUGGCCACAAGGGUGUCUGCAGGCAAAUGUAUUUCAAGGAUAUCAAGAUAUUGACAGUAGGCUAAUAGAAACUGCUGUUUGUAAAAGGUUGCACUUGCAAAGUUGCAAACAUAUCUGUUGACCAACACCAUUGUAAACAGAACCACAGCCUCGUGCGUCAUAGGGACCUGAUCUAAAAUCACUUUGUCUGCCCUAUUCAUGCAUCUGUAUAUUGCAGUGAAAAACCAUAUAAAUUUUUGUAUGUAUUUUUUAUUUUUUUUUAGUAUAAAUUUCCAAAAGCUUUAAACCUUAUACUGUACAGUUAGUGUCUAAAAUGUAAUGAUGAACUAAAUAUUAAUGCCACCAUUAUUGUUUGUAGGUUCUUUUUUUAUUAUGGCACAUCAUAAGUUUGGGUAUUUUUUCGUUGUAAAUUUAGUAUAUUAAUAUAAAACAAAAUUAAAAUACUAAGUGAUAAGCAGAAAGUUAUUUCAUAGCUUGAAAAAAUGAUACAUUUCUUUUGUUUCAAGUCCUGAAUAUAGUCAACAAAGGGUUUUCAAUUCUUCUUGUGCUCACAAGCAAUUACAUUUGCACAUAAAAUAUGCCAGAAAUGUAUGCAUUCAUAUUCAAGUUACUCCAAAAAAUUUCCACAGUUAAGUUGAGAAAUAAAGCAAUUAUUUUUUUUGUUUACAACUACAGUAUGAACCUAUUCAGACAUAUCCUUGAAUAAUUCCCCUGCAUUUAACAUUGGCUUUCACCUACUGUUGAUUCCUCAAUGUUCAUUCACAAAUAAUCUUAAUUCAACAACCUUUUUCUGAUCUGAUUUCUACCCGGUUAUGUUACAAAUUUGACUGGCACAUGAUGCAUUCUUUUAAUUACGUGAAUUGUAUGUAAAUGUACAAAUCUGCACAUUGCGAACAAAUUGAGAAAACAUGGUUCCUGCACACAGGAAAAAUUGGGAAAGCAUAGGGAAUUGAAAAGGUGUCCUAGAAGCCUGGAAGAUACAGGAAAAUUGCCAAUCUUAGAACUGGUAUUUAUUAUAAUCUUAAAUUUGUAUGCUGUUAAUAAUCAGUAUCUGAUUUAUACUAACAAUCAAACGUAAAGGAUUCAAAUAUGUAUUAAUUUGAAUUAUAGUCAAAUACGUAUGUAACUUUUUUUUCAGACUGGCAAUGAUAACAGUGCAGACUGAAUUCUCUGCAGGAAAAAAUUUCAUAGUCAACUCUGCAUGCUAUGUAUGUUUGUUAAAAUGUGUUUUGAUAAUAAUGUGUAUUUUUAUACAGUAUAUCUGUUAUCUUGCCAGAUAGAUGGAUCAAUAGGACAAGGGGAAAAAAAAUGGCGGGACAGUAAAAAGAAGGAAAACUAGGGGAAAUUGGCUAAAGUCAGUGUGAGGGAACCUUGUAAAUACUCAAUUAUCAUAAAAAAAAAAAAAAACUAAGUAGUAUUUAUGUGGCUGGUUGUUAAGUUGCAACUUGAAUUUAAAUCUGUAUCAUUUUUAUGUGGCUAAACAUACAUUUAUAAUUUUUUGCCAUACUGAUGCAAAGAAGCAAGAUAAAAGCAAAAUGAUUAUCAAACUACAUUUUAUAAGAGUAGAAAAUUUAUUUAAUUUAUCCUAAUUUGAAAUAUUUUGUGAAUUAAAAAAGGUUGAGAUUUGUGAAUUUUUAUGUAACAAAUUGUAAAAUAUAUUUAUUAGUGCUUUGUAUUUUAAAAAUACUAGCUUUUGGUUUUAUGAAGUAUUUAAAUAAUUUAUUACAUCAUAUGUUUAAUACGUUUAUUCAGACUUUAGUUUCUUUUUCCCCCUACUAAAACCAAAACAAACCAUCUAGGAUUCAACAGUUUUAAGGCCAUAACUCUUUUUAUCGUUAAAAAUUAAAAAAAAUGUGGCACACAGUUUAAUGGCAGGCCUAAAGUUGUGCUUGACUGCUACAAAAAAUAUUUUCCAGUGAAAUCAAUACUUUUGAGACAGCAAUAGUACUAUCAAUACACACUAGUUUAUAGUCUUGGAAAAUCUCUUAAUUUUUUCUCUCUACCUUACCUUAAUGAAAAUAAAAUUUUAAUAAUAAGCAAAGUGUUAUGACCUAAAAACUUGAAUUCAAAUAGGUGUCUUUGGUGUCUCUCUCUUCAGUAUUAAAGAUGUAAACCAAAGAUGGACUGAUGUUUAUGUUGAAAUAUAGAGUAAAAUUUCCAGCUUAUUACAUAAUUCUUAAGAAUUGGUUAAAACCUGAAUUUUUGUUGUUAAUAGCAUAAAUGAAAACUAUAGUUGCAAGAAAAGUAACAAACAUUUGACUCCACGCCAUUUUUAUUAUAAUUACAAUGCUGAUAUAAUUUUUUUUGAAUGGGCCGUGUACAACUAGCUCACAGAGAAGUAGAGUGGUUAAAAUAUAGUCUGAUCUUCCAUGCAAUGUUUUUAUUACACCCUACGUUGUUGUAGCAUGACUAAAAAGAAUUAUUUAUCUCAAUUUUGAUGUGCAGUUAAAACUGAAGUAGGUGACAUAAAAUGUGUUCUAUUGUCUUAUUGCUGUAUUAUAUUUUAAAAUAACAGCUUUUAUCUGUAGAAACAGUUUUUAGCUGUAUAAAUGGUACAAAAUUUUAGCUUUUUUCUCUCUCUGAAAUAUCAGCAAUCUUGAAUUCUAAUAUGUAUUUUGUUUUGCAUUGGGGCUCAAUUAAUCUGACCCACCAACUUUAUUUGUGAAUACAAUUAUUUAAAGUGCAGUAAUUAUGAUUAUCAAAAUUUGCAUUCUUUAAAAUUUAUUAAGUGUUUUAACAUCACAGUCUCAACAUAUUUUCAAUGAAGUAUGAUUGAACUUGACAUUUUCUGUGAAUUAAUUAAAACUGAUGUAAUUGUAAUGUCAUUUGUCACCAUCACUCAAUGAUUGUGUGAUUUGUUUUAUUUUUUGUAAUAAUUUUACUGCAAAUAAAAAUGUUUAUAGUAAAAGUACUACAAGUAACUGCAGUAUAUAUUAUAUACUUGUAGUAUAUAUUAUAUGCAUUUUUUA